AUGGUACGAGAAAGAAGUGCACCACAAACCGUCUCACCAAUCUCCCCACAACCAACUACAACCCCAACAUCUCCCACAUCAUCAUCAUCAACCAGAGGUCGUCUAAGAGGUUUGAAUAAUCAAGAAAAUCUUGGAUCGACAAGUGGGUGGUUACCGACAGUGGGAGGUCACAGCGGAGUAUCAAGAAUUGCAACUCAGCCACAACCUACUGCGACUGCCUCCUCUUCAGCCGUCUUAUCGGCCAACGAUUCAUCUGCGAUAGCCUCUGGUCUUGAGGCGUCGAUGGCAAGAACCAGAUCUGCAGGAACAGGAGGGGCAGCAGAUAUGCCUUUAUUAAAUGACGUGGGAGAAAACAGUUCCCAAUCAACCAGAGAAGCGAUGUCACAUCAACUACCAUCAAUUCGUUUCUCUCCGCAUCAAGAUCCUCGAGCUCAUCGCCCAUCUCUCGUAUUUGGCACCAUGAGUCGAACACUCCCGACAGGAAAAGAAAUCAUAAAAGUUGGUCGAUAUUCCGAAAGAGAUAAUCAACCCCCUCAUGCUACGAAUGUGCCAUCGUUUGCACCAGUUGGAUUUAAGUCAAAAGUGGUUAGCAGGCGUCAUUGUGAAUUUUGGUGCACGGGAGGUCGUUGGUUUAUAAAGGAUGUGAAAAGUUCAUCGGGCACAUUUCUCAAUCAUAUACGAUUAAGUUCACCUGGAACAGAAUCAAAACCAUUCCCAGUGAACGAUGGCGAUAUAGUUCAAUUAGGAAUAGAUUUCAAAGGUGGUGAGGAAAUGAUAUUUAGAUGCGUCAAAAUACGAGUGGAACUCAACAAAGGAUGGCAAACUGGUCCUAGCAGUUUCAAUGUACAAUCCCAUAAGCGCUUACGCGAGCUCAACAACAAUCUCAAGAAACAAGCCUCCGGUGGUUCGAGUAGUUCCUCGCAAGAUUGCUCGAUUUGUCUUGGACCUAUUGCACCUUGCCAAUCUUUAUUCGUCGCGCCAUGUUCUCAUACAUGGCAUUACAAAUGUAUACGAGUCGUUAUCAAUGGUCCUGCUUGGCCUCAUUUUAUAUGUCCAAAUUGUCGUACAGUCGCAGAUCUCGAGGCAGAGCUUGAUGAACCAGAUGGAGAUUGGGAGGAAUUGGCCACAUCUGAUGCGGAGGCUGAGGUGGCAGCAAUAUCAGAAUCCGCGACAAGUACAAACAAUCCCCUUGGAACUGAGCCAACAACCCAAGAAACGGUUAUACCACGGACGAGUGACUCUAUCGCCGCACCAAUUCUACCAGAGCCGGAAACCUUUGAACCUUUGAAUAUGAACCAUAUCGAAGAUGAUCUCGACACGAGCGAUGAUUCUAGUACAGGGGCCCACGCUCGCGAAACUAGACUCGAAGAUAUAGCUUUUCUUAACGUCAGCGAUUCACAAGCCAGUUCGGCUUCAGCCACACCGGUUCCUCAAACCAACUUGAGUUCUACAGUAUCACCUCUCGACAUCAUUGUAAGAAAACCAGUCCCGAGUGCCGCCUCUACUGCUCGUUCUGAGCGCGGUUCACCAAGUCCAAAUGGGAUGCAUCCUACAUUAGCAGAUUCUCUCACGGGUGAAGGACCAAUGACACCCAGAAAUGACGUGGGACCAUUCAUUUUCGAUGGUGGUGCAGGGAGAACAAACACAAUUGGGCUAGCUACCGGAUCUAGCAAUCUAGAUUAUAAUGAAACACCAACAACAGCUCACUCGACACCACAUUCUGCUCUUUAG